UUUUGGGUGAACUCUUCCUUUUGCGUUUUUGACCGUAUAAAUUGUAUUUUUUGUCACUAAUUGUAAAAUUGAAGUCUGUGCACAAAACCAAGAGAGAACCCAAAUGUUGAAAUGACCUUACAGCUUUCAAGAUUAAAGAAACCUUGCAGUCUCCCUCUUCCGAUAAUAUUAACCAUUUUACUGGCCACGAAGAGGUUUGGAGAUCAUUUUUGUGUUAGUGAGCCAUAAAACAUUUCUGAACGAUUUGUGGCUAGAAGUACACCAUUAAGUGCUAGAUAUGCAGUUAUGUGGUUACUGCGUGGUUUUCAGCCGUCUACCGGGCAGCAGUAUGUCAAACUGCAUUAAGUUUCCAGCAGGUACUGAAAGAGAUAACGGCAUGCUAGACUUGCCCCUUGUAAUAGACCGUGCAUUGUUACCCUGACUGUCUUUGUUUGUGCACCUGAAAGAAGCCCACCGAGGAAGCCCUGUUGGUAUGAGGAGCCGGAUUGCUUGCUAGAGCUUGGCAGAUUAAAUUGUGGUGGGGGGCUUUGUCCAUCAAACCUGUUCAUUCAGUUGUGGAUUCUGUGAUAGGAUCAGGCCCAUCCUCAUGCUAAUGCAAAGUCAUGAAUGUGCAUGAGAGACAGAAAGACAAGGAUCCUGCCCACACGGGGCUUUUAGGAUGAGAAUGGCCUGGAUCUGUGAUCUCUGGUGGGAUGUUGCUGCACUUGUUUCUUUUUUCUUUUUUGCCAAUCAUUUGCUGAAACAGACGUUGCACAACUUUAUCAUCUUGUCAUUUUACUGAGACUAAAUGAAACCGUUGACGUUCUUGCAUAACUUGCGGUAAACAUUUAUACUAAAACAACGAUUUUUAGGGGGGAAAUGGUUUCUCACUUCUCUGAAAUAUUUAAAUAAAUUGCUGAUAUUGUGUAAUUGGUACGUCUGGUCUAGUUUCAUCUCCCUCGAUGGUAAGACGAGGUGUUUUUACGAAUGUCUAAUGAAAUGGCCCUUGGCGAACGCACAGGUCGCUAGCAAGACUUAUGUGUGGUGAAGCAAAAACACAAAUGCAUGGACAUGUCAAACCCUGGACCCCUGAAACUCAGUAUUGCAGAAAAACAUAUUCAGACAAUGUCACAUAUUAGAUUCACAGCUUGCUGUGUCAGUAACACACUUAAAGGCCAUCAUGAUAUGACUUCUGACUUAUUCCUAUAACAUAUCAAGAACUCAUUAGCUUGUUGACUUUAAUCUGCUUUGGAUCGAUAACUAAACCACACCCUGUGGGCAAUAAAUGGCAAAGGGUAGAAGCGUAACAUGCCCCAGAUGUUUUUGAGAGCGACGGUGGCAGUCCUGCUAUAAAGUCAUGAUAACUUAAGGUGACACUGAGGAGCUUCCUGGGCCACUGAGACGUGUCUUCGGCCGCCCUCUCAUUGACUUCUGGCCGUCUGGUUGCAGGGCUUUACCAAGGUGCCACCAUGAGCAAAUACUCCCAGUACUUCAACAAGUGCCUCGUAGAGGUCCACUAUAGCAUCGUCAGGAACAUGAGCCAGAAGGAAAUAGCGGGCCGCAGGGAGACUGAACAAAGACUGAGCACCCUGAACAUUUUAUUUGUUAUAAUCUGCAGUAUCAUCAUCUUCGAAAACCUCUUGGUGCUCAUUGCUGUGUUUCGCAAUAAGAAGUUCCACUCUGCCAUGUUCUUCUUCAUCGGGAACCUGGCCUUCUCGGACCUAUUGGCUGGCUCUGCUUAUAUUGCCAACAUCUUCCUUUCAGGCCCUAAGACAUUUAGGUUGGUGCCUGUCCAGUGGUUCAUACGAGAAGGGACUACUUUCAUAGCACUGGCUGCCUCAGUUUUCAGCCUGCUGGCUAUCGCCAUAGAGCGCUACAUUGCCAUCACCAAGGUCAAGGUUUAUGGCUCCAACAAAACUUGCCGCAUGUUCCUUUUGAUCGGAGCAUGCUGGGUGAUGUCCAUCCUUCUGGGAGGUCUUCCCAUUUUUGGUUGGAACUGUAUUAAUAACGUUGUGGAUUGCUCCUCUGUCCUGCCUCUCAACUCCCGAUACUAUAUCCUUUUUGUUGUUACCGUCUUCACCGUCAUCUUGAUGUCCAUUGUGAUCCUUUACGUUCGCAUCUAUCUUAUUGUGCGUACAAGCCAGCGAGAGGCCACCAAUUCUCCAGCUUAUGCUCUCCUGAAGACCGUCACGAUUGUGCUUGGCGUAUUCAUCAUUUGUUGGUUACCCGCAUUCACCAUCCUUCUCUUGGACGCUUCCUGUACGAUAAAAGAAUGUCCUAUCCUCAACAAUGCUACCAUCUUCUUCAGCAUCACCACAAUGAAUUCGGCGCUGAACCCGCUGAUCUACACAUUGCGGAGUAAGGACAUGAGGAGGGAGUUCCUCAGGGUGCUUUGCUGCUGGGGGCUGUUCAAUUGUGGCAGGCCUUCUCACCGCUGCAUGGUGCCACUCAGGAGCUCGAUUUCAAUGGAGCACUGCACCCACAAACACGAACAUCAGUCAAUUCCCAUCAUGCAGGACUGCACUUCUGUCUGAUUUUGUCUCCUCAGUGCCCAGGUGUUUGAAGACCAGGGGAGACCCCUUCUUUGAGGCAAGGCGCAGAAGACAGAAUUGUUCAGUGACCUCACAGAUGACAGGUGAAUCACAAUCAGUGUCUUUGGACUCAUGGACAUUUAGAGCAGAUAUCACAGCUGUGCUACCGGACUCCUGCGUGUCGUUUGUUGCUUCUGUCCUUGCAAAAGUUCCUGAACGUCACAGAAUGAGACUUCACCACGUAUUUGACUUCAUAAGGCACAUUAAAGAAAGCCAAUUUCAAAUGGGAAUAUCCAUUGAAGCUCUUCGACAAAACAUGAAAAAUGAAAGUAUCACUUUGCAGACUUCUAGGCAGCUUGGGAUUGUAAUUUUCUCAUAUGCUGACCAACCUAACAGAAGUCGCAUACAAGAUGUAUCCUAUCCACAAGUAGAUUACCACUGUCUUGGUUCAGAGAUUUGAGAGUACUGGUUGAAAUGUACAGAUCGACAAUGCACUCCGUGUGAGCCAAUCAAAACAUGCAUUGCAUGCAUUGCAAGCUUGCAGAACCUCUCCUAAUGUAUACAUCAAGUAACUUGAUAUACAUAACAUCCUUUGAUUGCCGUCAAUAAAAGGAUUCCACUUCAUUGUAUUGCAUGAAAGUCUAACCUGUGUAAAAAAAAACAAUAUGUAUGACCAAUCUAUGUACAAUUGUCAAUGUUACUUCUCUUUGUAUUUUAUUUUGCUUUAACAUUCCUUUUUUUUUUUUUUCCUUAAAGCACGAUCAGAAUGUGAUUACUGAAUUCCUGACACGAGUUUCUCUCAGCAGCUGGUGUAAAUGCUGGUUGUGUUGGGAUGACAAUGCUGUAGCUUCGCUGCGGCAGCGUGUGCUUUGUUUUGUGCCCAAUUCUACGAAUGAAACUGAAUAUAAGAAUGAAGUGUAACGAGCGAACAUUUUUCGCUGAUCGACAGUAUUACCAAACAUCAUUGUUUUCCUGUUGAUUAUUGAGCUUGCAGCAACAAGA